UGACCCGAUCCAGCCUGAUGACCCGAUCCAGCCUGAUGCCCCGGUGUCCUCUGGCGUGCUGGCGCCCCCUGGUGCCCGCUGUCGAGCCAGAUGACCCGGUGCCCGCUGUCGAGCCAGAUGACCCGGUGCCCGCUGUCGAGCCAGAUGACCCGGUGCCCGCUGUCGAGCCAGAUGACCCGGUGCCCGCUGUCGAGCCAGAUGACCCGGUGCCCGCUGUCGAGCCUGAUGACCCUGGUGCCCGCUGUCGAGCCUGAUGACCUGGUGCCCGCUGUCCUGUCUGAUGACCCGGUGCCCGCUUUCCUGUCUGAUGACCCGGUGCCCGCUGUCCUGUCUGAUGACCUGGUGCCCGCUGUCUUGUCUGUCCUGUCUGAUAACCCGGUGCCCGCUGUCCUGUCUGAUGACCUGGUGCCCCCUGUCCUUGUCUGUACUGUCUGAUGACCCAGUGCCUGCUGUCCUGUCUGAUGACCCAGUGCCCGCUGUGAAGCUUGGUGACUCGGUGCCCGCUGUCGUGCCAGAUGGCUCGGUGCCCGCUGUUGUGCCAGGUGACUCGGUGCCCGCUGUAGUGCCAGAUGACUCGGUGCCCGCUGUCGUGCCAGGUGACUCGGUGCCCGUUGUCAUGCCUGAUGCCUCGGUGCCUGCUGCUUCACCUGAUGGUCCGGUGCCU